AUGACUUCUGAAAAUUUUGUGCAGCCAGCCAUUCUACGUUUUGAUGGUCACUACGACCAUUGGAGUAUGCUGAUGGAGAAUCUCUUGAGAUUCAAGGAGUUCUGGCAGGUUGUUGCAGAUGGUGUGGCAACACCAGGGGAUGGUGUAGCUCUUACAGAUGCCCAACAAAAGGAGCUUGAUGUGAUGAAAUUGAAAGACUUGAAAGCUAAGAAUUAUUUGUUUCAAGCCAUUGAUCGAUCUAUCCUUGAAACUAUUCUUUGUAAAGAUACUUCCAAGGAUAUUUUGGAUUCAAUGAAAAAAAAAUAUCAAGGCUCCUCAAGAGUUAAACGUGCUCAACUUCAAGCUUUGAGAAGAGACUUUGAAGUCCUUCAAAUGAAGGAAGGUGAAUCUGUAACCGACUAUUGUUCAAGGACCAUGGGUAUUGCUAACAAUAUGCGAUUUCAUGGUGAAAAAAUGAAUGAUAUAGCCAUUGUUGAAAAAAUCCUACGCUCAUUAACACCAAAGUUUGAAUAUGUGGUGUGCUCAAUUGAAGAGUCAAAUGAUAUAGAUGAUCUCUCCUUAGAUGAGCUUCAAAGUUCUUUGUUGGUCCAUGAACAAAAGAUGAACAAAAUUUCAACAAUGGAGGAACAAGCAUUGAAGGCUUCUACCAAUACUCCUUCAUACAACUCUAGAGGAAGGGAUAGAGAUAGAGGUAGAGGACGAGGGCGUGGAGGUCGUGGAAAUAGAGAUUUCAGCAAGAACUCUAGAGGCAACAAUGACCAAUUUCAAGGCAAUGAUAGAAGGAGAGAUCAUGAUAAAUCAAAGAUAGAAUGCUUUAGAUGUCAUAAAUUUGGUCAUUAUGCUUCUGAAUGUUAUACUAGACUACCUAAUCUUAAAGAAAAGGGUGAAAGUUCAAAUUUUAUCGAGGAGAAAGAAGUAGAAACCCUGUUGAUGGCAGUUGAAGAUGCAAAAGACAGCGAGGCAGAAAUUUGGUAUGUAGAUACUGGCUAUAGUAAUCACAUGAGUGGAAGCACUAGUAGAAAAUAA